CAAAAAUAUGUUGUUUCAAAUAAAAAUAAAUUAUUUUAAAAGUUUUUUGUUGUUGUUGUUGGUGUAUUUGCCCAGCAUACGAAGUAAUUGUGUCAUUCAAUAUCCCAGUGAUGUAGAUAUUCUACCCAAGUAUGAAAAAUCUAUUGGACAAUAUAAACUGCGAAUACCCUAUAAUGGAAGCCCCAUAAAGCUAUCAGAAGGUGAAACGAUAUUGGGACAUUGUGAUGCAUAUUUUAGUCCCAUCACCUAUCAAAUAAACGAAUAUGGUUAUGAUUAUGGAUACAGGAAAGUUGUCGUAAAUAAAUAUAUUUCCAAUAAGACUUCGAUUUCCCUAAAUUGCCGUAAUAACAAAUUAGUUUAUAAUGAAAUAGAACUUUCGGAUAGCGAAUUUUCAUGCAUGCAUCGCAAUUGGAGCAUCUAUUCCACGAAGCAGCCAUACGGUUGGUGUCAAAACAAUCAAAAUUCCAGUACAUUUUUAUUGGCUACUAAACAAGAAAAGGAUAAUUAUAUUCUGGCUGCCAUCUGUUAUAAUAUGGAACAAAUAUCCUUGCAAACUGUAGUUUAUAAUGCAACAAUUUUAAGACGAAAUUAUGUGAAUCAGCCAAAGGAUUUGCGCACUACCAAUAUAUUUCCCAAUGACUAUUUGGAUGAAAAUCUUUGGAGCUUCAAAACUACCAUUCUAUCAGAUUUAAGUGAAGAACUAUUACAGACAAUAUUAACUGAUUUGCGUAAAACUGAGGAAUGGCUGAAUUUGGCAGACUAUGAAAUAUCUUCGAUUGUGCAGGAUAAAUCAAUAAAGAAAUAUUUCGACGAAUAUAAAAACAUAUUAAAUAUUAUUUGGUGGCGUAAUCUACGCCUGGGUAAUUGGAAACAUUUUGUGGACACUUUGGCGAAUUAUGACAACAAUAAUAGCUAUGAAAUAUACACUGGCACAUCGGGUGUGGCUCAAUAUCCCUCAGAUGACAAGUGGUAUAAAGAAAAACUAUUGGAAAUAAAAAUUGGCUUUAAAAACGAGACUAUACCCGCUUACAUAUGGACCUAUUUGAAAUCGUAUGACAAUUUGAACAAAGACUUUGUUAUUGUCGGCUACAAUUCACCCUAUGCUGAGUAUUUCACCACUGAAAAAGUAAUAUUUUGUCCCGAUAUUUGUGCGGAGAUUCCGUGGUUAAAUGAAAUCUCUUCAUCGUUUCGUUAUGCCUAUGCCGGCAUCAUGUUUUGCUGUUCUACGGAUUUUAUAAGACAAACCAACUACUUACAAGGAUUUCCCCUGGAGAUUUUGAUGGCUCCACAAAUUGAGACAACAACCAUACAAGUGGAAGAAACAACAACACUCGAAUCAUCUACCAAUAUUUAUUAAAUUUAACUUUUGUAAUAAUAUUUGAUAAAGAUUUCUAAAUAAAUGUAAACAUAUACAUACAUA